AAACCAGUACUACUAUAUGACCUGGCUAGUGAUCAAACAAACAAGUUCACAACUAAAAUCAGUAAUACAAACAAAGAUACAAACCCACAUUUAGCUACUGCUACAACUACACCCUCAACUGAUAUG